AUGGGCUCAGGCAGAAGAGCUGUGGCAGGCGCUGACUGCGUGCAGCUGCUGGGCAGCAGAAAGGAACCUUGGGAGCAGCCACUGAACUUGACUUACGCCUGUCCGAAUCAAUUUGCACGUUCUGAUUUAUGUCUAUCUGAGUCAACUCACAUGUGGUUCCUGGCAGAAGUGUGGGGAACUAAAUGCAGGCCUGCAGUAAAUGUGGCUGCAUGCUCAGAUCAUGCAGCAAAAGAGCCGGUGGAGGAUACGGAUCCAAGUAACAAACACCUGUCUCUUGCCUUUUUAUGAUAGAUUGAAAAAUAUCCUGUCCAAGACACAGGAGUUCCUAAAGAUGAGGAAUACCUAACAGAUCAAGUUACACUGGAAAUUGCAUCUGUGAACAUCAAGACCCUUACGUCAGAUUCUGGCCUAAUCCAGCAGCCAGAAGACAAAGACAUGCAAAGCCAUACUGAUGAAUCACUGGCAGAUCUCAAGAAAACCUGCAAGGAAAAUGGCACCUGCUCCUUGUGCUUAUUCCGUGCACCGACCAUCAGUGACAUGCUGAAUGAUGAGGACUUGUUGUACACAGUGAGGAUAAAGCUGGAUCCCUGCCACCCAACAGUGAAAAACUGGAGGAAUUUAGCAAGCAAGUGGGGAAUGACUUACGAUGAAUUGUGUUUCCUUGAACAGAAGCCCCAGAGUCCCACCUUGGAGUUCUUGCUACGGAAUAGUGACCGGACUGUGGAACAGCUGAUUGAUCUCUGUAAAUUUUAUAAGAGAAUUGAUGUUGUGAAAGUGCUGCUGAAAUGGGUGGAGGAGGAAUGGCCCAAAAGAGGGAACAGAACUUACCAGCAUGACUUCUAGGUCAAAGAAAGUUGUUAGUCCAUGUGGGACUAACAUGUGUCCAUGUUAGUCCAUGUGCUGGGACUAGCUGCUACUGGUACAUGGGAAGUUUCCCUUGCAAGAGAGAGAGAGCGAGCCUGUACUGACGGUUUGUAUACUGUGUAAGCUUUAUGUACUGUAUACACACAUAUAUGUUCUGUGCCCUCAGGGUUGCAAAGAUGACCUUGCAAAAGCGGAUGGAAUAAUGCACGUUGGUUCUUGAUUCUACAAAUGCCUUCAGUUCCUGUGCUGCUG